AUGAGCCGUGAAGUGGCUCGUGUGGAGGAGGUCAACUUGGGCAACCUUGAGGAGGCUACUGCCUCACCACCACGAGUGGCACCACGAUCCAUGGUGGCCACUACGAGCUGUGAAGGCUCUCGUGGGAAGGCUGAAGGAGUUUAUGAUGGUACCAAUGAAGAUGCCAAGAAAUUUUAUAACUUAGUUGACGAGGCAAGCCAAGAAUUAUAUCCUGGUUGUACAGGAUUCUCUAAAUUAUCAUUCACACUUCGUUUAUAUUUAUUGAAGUGUCUACAUGGAUGGAGAAAUGAAUCAUUCACUUCUCUUUUAGAGUUAUUAAAAGAGGUGAUGCCCGAGUUGAACAUUCCUCCGUCUUAUAAUAAAACCAAGUCUAUGUUUAAGAAUCUUGGUCUUGAUUAUGAGAAAAUUGAUGCAUGUCCCAAUGAUUGCAUGUUGUACAGGAAUGAUCAUAAGGAUGAUGAGUUUUGUCAUACUUGUGGAGCUUCACGAUAUAUUAAAUCUCCUGAAGUUGAUAGUGAGCUUGAGCCUUCAAAAAAACAACAUCAAGUUUCAGCAAAGACAUUGAGACAUUUGCCAUUAAUUCCUCGACUCAAAAGACUAUUUAUGUGCUCAAAGACGGCAGAUUCUUUGAGGUGGCAUGACGAGGAGCGUUCUAAAGAUGGAAAGUUAAGGCAUCCCGCUGAUAGUCUAGCAUGGAAAGAUUUUGAUAGGUUGCAUCCAGAUUUUGCACUAGAUUCUCCCAAUGUGAGACUUGGCUUGUCAAGUGAUGGGUUCAAUCCAUUUCGGACUAUGAGUAUAUCACAUAGCACCUGGCCAGUUAUGUUGAUGGUGUAUAAUCCGCCGCCUUGGAUGUGCAUGAAAUCUGAGUAUUGUAUACUUUCUUUAAUUAUACCUGGGCCGCGAUCUCCUGGAAAUGACAUUGAUAUUUACUUGCAACCAUUGAUAGAUGAGUUAAAAUUAUUGUGGGAUUAUGGGGUUGAAACAUAUGAUGCUUCAAGAAAUCAAACUUUUCAAAUGCGGGCAGCUCUUAUGUGGAUAAUCAAUGACUUUUCUGCAUAUGCUAUGUUAUCUGGAUGGAGUACAAGAGGCAAGUUUGCUUGCCCUUGUUGUAACUAUGGCACUAAUUCUCGCUAUCUUAAACAUAGUCAAAAAAUGUGUUAUAUGAAUCAUCGUGUUUUUCUACCCAUGGAUCAUCCAUGGAGAUCUAACAAAAGAUCUUUCAAUGGAAAAACUGAAUUUAGGCCUCCUCCACCUUUAUUAAAGGGUACUGAUGUGUUUAAUAGCUUACAAGAUUUUGAAAAUGUAUUUGGAAAGAAGAGAAAGAGAUCAAAUGAUGUCCCAUGGAAAAAAAGGUCAAUCUUUUUUGAAUUACCUUAUUGGAAGCACAAUUUGUUACGCCACAACCUUGAUGUAAUGCACAUAGAGAAGAACAUAGUUGAUAGCAUACUUGGAACUCUUUUGGAUAUUUCAGGCAAAACAAAGGAUCAUGCAAAAGCUCGGUAUGAUUUGAAAGAUAUGGGAAUUAGAAAGAACCUUCAUCCAAAAGAGACAGAAGAUAAUAAGAGAACAAAGUUUGCAAAAGCGUGCUUCUCAAUGACAAAUAGAGAGAAAUCAGUUUUUUGUGGAGUUUUAAAGACAGCCAAGCUACCUGAUGGUAGUGCCUCCAAUAUAUCCAGGUGUGUGCAAUUGGAUGAAAGAAAAUUGUCUUGUUAUAAAACCCAUGAUGCUCAUUUCAUGUUACAUUACUUGCUUCCAAUACCAAUUAAAAGCAUUCUUCCUGAUCAUGUGGCUAUUCCGUUGAUUCGCCUUAGUUCCUUCUUUCGCCGGUUGUGUCAAAAAGUAAUCACAUUGGAGGAACUGGAUUGCUUAGAAGUGGAGAUCAUAGAAACAAUAAAUCAGUUGGAGCGAAUAUUUCCUCCUACAUUUAUUGAUAUAAUGAUUCAUUUGCCUAUUCAUUUGGCGAAUGAAGUGAGAUUAGGAGGUCCAGUUCAAAAUCGAUGGAUGUAUUCAACAGAAAGAGAAAUGGGUACAUUCAAAUCAUACAUCCGGAACAGACGUUAUCCAGAAGGUUGCAUAGGAGAGACACGAGUGGGAAUAGAUUGUAUGAAUUUAUUCUCCAAAUAUCUACAUCGGGGUGUGCAUACCAGAUUUAACAAAAGAGCCCAAAAUAAUGAUAAAUGUGACCCAAGUGAUGCAGAAACUAUGAGUUUGUUUUCUAACAAAGGAGUUCCUUUAGGAGCAAAGAAAACUGAUCCACUCAUUUUAGAUAACAAGUCACUAAGUCAGGCACAUGCAUACUUCUUGGAAAAUUGUGAUGAGGUUCAAGAAUAUAUUAGAGGACCAAAUUCUGUUGCAAAAAGAUAUUCUAGGUAUCUCAUCAAUGGAUAUAGAUUUCAUGUUAGGCAGCGUGAUGCAAGGCGUAAAACACAAAAUACUGGUGUUACACUAGUUGCCUCAACUACAAGUUUUGCAAGCUCGAAGGAUAAAAAUCCGAUUGCUGCAGAGUUGACUUAUUAUCGUAGAAUAGUUGAUAUUGUUGAGUUAGACUAUUACGGCCAUUUUAAGGUUGUUCUAUUUAAUUAUGACAAUGAGCCAUCUGAACAUUUGAUGGGACCAUCUAUACCAAAAGAUAAUGGUGAAGUUCUCUUAACAAGGACUGAUGUACCAGAAACAAUUAUUGAUGUGCCUUCGGAAGAAUUUGUUACUCAACAACUUGAAGUCGAGUAUGAAGAGGAAUUGGAAGAUGAGUCUGCAGAUGAGUUCGAAGAUGAGACUGAAAAUGAGUAUGAAGAUGAGUUUGAAAAUGAGUAUGAAGAUGAGUCUGAAGAUGAGCUUGAAAGAUGA